AUGGUGAAAGUGCUCUUGACUGGCGGCAGCGGAUUCAUUGCAGCUCAUAUUAUCGACAUCCUGCUGCAGCGUGGAUAUGAGACGGUAGUGACAGUUAGAUCUGAAGAAAAGGGAGAAAAAAUUCUUAACGCUCACCCCAAUACCCCGAAGGAGAAACUUUCAUAUGUUAUUGUCAAAGACGUCGCAGAAGAAGGCGCAUUCGACGAAGCCGUCAAAUCUAACCCACCCUUCGACUAUGUCCUCCAUACUGCCUCUCCUUUCCAUUAUAAUGUUUCAGACCCGGUGAAAGAUUUCCUGGACCCAGCAAUCAAAGGGACAACAGGUAUCCUGAAGGCAAUUAAAGCCUACGCCCCAUCAGUGAAGCGUGUCGUGGUUACAUCCUCUUUUGCUGCAAUUGUCAAUGUCAAGGAACACCCUAAGGUCUACAGUGAAGAGAACUGGAACCCUGUGACCUGGGAGGAAGCGAUGGACCCUUCCCAAACCUACAGAGCCAGCAAGACAUUUGCCGAGAAGGCCGCGUGGGAUUUUGUUGAGAAGGAGAAUCCAAACUUUGACAUUGCGACGAUAAAUCCUCCUCUUGUUCUGGGGCCUGUUGUGCCUUAUCUGAAUUCCCUAGAUGCCGUCAAUACUUCGAACAGCCGUAUUAGCAACUUGGUUCGUGGUAACAACAAGGACGGACUACUUCCAACUGGAACUUUCCUUUGGGUAGAUGUUCAUGACGUUGCAUUGGCCCACGUAAGAGCAAUUGAGGUUUCAGAAGCAGGUGGACAAAGAUUUUUCCUUGUCUCUGGCUCUUAUGCGAAUAAAGAUCUUGCAGAUAUCAUCCGCGAGUCAUAUCCUCAACUCGAGGAAAAGCUGCCCCCUAAGGAUUCCGCUAGUGAUAUGCCAGCCAGCGUCUAUGGCUAUAACAACAAGAGGUCUAUUGAUGUAUUAGGCAUCCAGUACCGGUCAUUGAAGGAGUCGGUUGUCGAUACAGUCAAAUCAUUGUUGGAGUCUACGCGACCAACUUUUCUUCUCCAGCAUACUCCGGAGGAAGAGCCACCAAGACGUCGCAAUUGCCCAUUGAACGCCAUGGCAACAGCCAGGCUAUCUCCCACAGCAAACCUGCUGCGGAAGUCUCGUCUAUUCGCGCUCCCGCAAGCAUUAAAACCACCUCAGGAUCCGCCCACCUCAAAGGUCGUCUUCGAGUCCGACACCGCAACCCUUCCUCAUCCUACCCGAGCGUCCAUUGUUACCCCGGCAUCAUCGCUAGCAAGAGGAGACUGGGGUCUCAAGAGAUCAUUGCCUGCAAAAUCCACGUCUGCUAAAUCAUCCAGGCCUGUUGUGAGGGUGAACGCUCUCGACACAUUUGAACAUGUUACCGAUUUCGAGUCUGCGGCCGACCACACGGUGACCCUUGAGAAAUUCCAGGAACUCCAUAUGCCUCUCUCUUUACCUUCGAAAGUCAACUACGCAACUAGUAUUGUUCCUAGGCACCAGAGCCCCUUCGAGUCGUAUGUGGACAACACACACACUAGCAAAGGCCUUGAAGAGACCGGCGCCAAACAAUUUAGGCACUCCGGGCCCUGGCUGGCUGGACAGACGGAGGCCGAAUUCAGUGCUUACCUGAAGAAAGUGCGGAGCAAUAAGCCAGAGCUUUUGCAAAAACUCCGCCAACUCUUCUCCGAAAAGCGAACUGCCGAGCGGAGAAAGCAAGCUCAAGAUAACGGAGAGGACCUGGAAGCGCUUGAGCCUGUAAAGGUUACGGAGGAGGAGUUCCAGACCUACCUCAAGUCAUUACGUACAGAUCCAUUCUCCCUUGGCCCUGUGGUCUUUGAGCUAUUGGACCUGCCCUCGCCCCCGGCCGUACCGAGCGACCGAAUUGGUCACAAAUACUACCAAUCACCUGGAACCAAGCUGUCUUCGGCAGAAUACGCUGUAUCCGGUCCUCCGAAGACUCACCCUUCUGCCGGACUGUCAUACACACGGUCGCAUGCUUUAAUCUACAAUCACCCCAGGUUUGGUCCUCAGGCAUAUCAGCGUCCAGUGGAGGCCCGUAUCUUGCGGCCAAAGGGUAGGUUCAAGGGCAGAACCUCCAAGGCUAUUGCGGGUGUUGGUGGUAUUGCUGUGGAGGACUUGAAUGCCAUGACUUUCGUGGAACAGGGCUCUCCUCCUGGCCUAGCCUACUUCGACGUAUCUAUCCCCGGUGGUGCCAAGUACUGGGUCACUCCUAUCCGAGCUUCGGUUGAUUCGGAGGGUAGAAUUGGCUUGGCAUCCUACAGAGCAAGUGCCACUGCUAAGGCUCCCUACAACAUUGAGGAUUACAAGAAACCCUCCCUGACAACCAUUUCUGAUGUUGCUCGUGGUGAUCAGCGUGUCGUCCCGAGACUGGACAGGCACAAGCCACGUUUUAGGCCUUCGGGAGAACCACAGCAUACCACCGAGGACAUCGCCAAAAACCUGAUGAAGACUCUUAGCUCCUCAUGA